AUGGCAGGCUCUGCUCACUCGUCAGAGGGGGGAGCUCGGGUGGCCAUCAUCGGCACUGGUCUUGCCGGCCUCACCACAGCCCAUCUACUACACAAUGACGAGCGCCAGCGAUACUCGGUGACCUUGUUUGAGCAGUCCAACAAGCUCUCCUUCGACUCGGCAUCAGUUGCUGUCAAGGAUGGCAAAACCGGCGCCAUUGAGCGAGUCGACCUGCCCAUGCGCGCGAGCGCCGGCGGGUACUAUGCCAACCUGAUGCGCAUGUACGAAUACCUCGAGAUCCCACUGCACCCCAUUCGAUUCCUCUUCGUGUUCGCCAAGGCGCUGCCUGCCAAUAGCUCGUCGUCGUUGUCGGCCGGUAGCGAGCCCGGGACGUAUUUCGUACACGCUUCGAACCUACACCAGACACCCCCGCCAUGGCCUGGAAAGAGAGGGGUCGUAGCGCACAUUGUCGAGAUUCUGUAUUUGAUCGUCUGCCACUUCUGGUUCUCGGUCGCCUGCUUUCUCGUUCAGCCCCGGACGACUGCGAGCUCGGGUUGCGAGGGGCACGGGGAAUCGUUCGACGAGUAUUCGCGGAGGAUAUGGCUGCCACGUCGUUACAUCACUCACUAUCUCCUCCCGUUGAUGAGCUCCGUGUCGACAUGCUCCCAUGAUCAGCUUCUGGCAUUUCCGGCCAGCGACGUAGUCAACUAUAAGCGAUUGUCGCACGGGGAGCAGCAUUACGCCGUGUGUGGAGGGGUCAACCAGGUCGAACUAAGGCUGGCCGAGGGCAUCGAGGAUGUGAGGCUGAACGCCCAGGUAAUCCAGAUCAUGCCUCUAUCAGAUCAGCUCGCUGGUGGUGUUGAGAUUCGCUGGCGAUCUGUAAUUGAUGGGUCAGUUUCAGAGGACAAGUUUGACAGAGUCAUUCUCGCGGUGUCCCCCGAUGUUGCCAGCAGGAUUUUCAAACCCUUGGCUUCGAGGCUCAGCGUAAUCCCAACUAUCCAGGUCGAGAGCUCAGUCCUGUCAGCUACCACAGGAAAAGGCACAGCCCGACACUCGGUAAUCGAGACGGACGAGCCGACGUCAUCCCAGUGCAUGCACCACGGCAAGAGCAUCUCCAGUGCACAAGUCAUUGCACUUAGAUCGAGAUUCUCGGAGAAGGGAUCGGAGUCGGAGGCGCUUCACACCAUGCCCAGCGGUGUCGUAGUCAGCACAUGUCCUCUUGACGGAGAUUUGGGUCUGAAUAACAAGGUGCUGCACUCAGCCAAGUUUACGAGGACCAUCCGCAGCACAGAGAGCCAGGCCCUGAUCAACAGCAUCAUGAACCGACCAAGCACUAGCCAUAGAGCGGAUGAUGAUGGUCAGGUCGAGCAGUGGACGAAUGGACAAGAUAAUGUUUGGCUGGUGGGAGCAUGGUGCUGGGAUGGAAUGGUGUUGCUGGAAGGUUGUAUUGUCUCGGCGAUGAGAGUGGCGGGAGACUUUGGGGUUAACAUUCCUUGGCAAGUCCCGACGAGCACAAGUCCA